CACCGAGAUUUGAACUCGGAUCGCUGGAUUCAGAGUCCAGAGUGCUAACCAUUACACCAUGGAACCUUUGUGAUGCCGCUCCCUGUGUUCGCAGACUUUAAUGACGGACUGGUAAACUCAUAAUGACAAUGUAUUUAGUGUUACUUGACCACAUUCUGAAAAUAAAACUUUAUAUUAAAAAAUAAAUAAAGGUAACCCUGUGACACACCACAUGGUCAUAGAAACACAAAUAUCAUUUUACAAAGUGACACAUCACUUAUGAUGUAACUACCUUAAGGAGUUAAACAAAGUUAGACAUGACAUUGAUCAAAGUUAUAUAAAGCAGGACAUUACUAUUUUACAAUCCAUAAAAUUAUUUUGCGGUAGCAAAACAACGGAGGCUACUUUUAUUUCGUUGGUAGACUUAUGUUUGUCACAGAAGAACCGUGUUCGUGUUUUACCAAAAGAGACAUGCACAACUAAUGCACAGAUAAAUAAAUAAAUAAAAACAACAAGUUCACUCGCAGGUAAUGCUGUAACCAUGGAAACAGUCUGUUGGGGGAAGGCCAGCUAGCUGAAGAAGCGGGUAGACAUGACGUUGACACAGAGAGAAGUCUUUACACGAGUGCUGUCUGGGGACUUGGAGGGACUUAAGGAGCAGUUGGACUGCGACGCUGUCGCCGAGGAGUCGCAGCAAACGGAUCCGUGCGGAAUGACGGACGAGGUCGGGAGGAACGCGCUGCUAACCGCCUGCAUAUUGGGGAGGAGCGCCAUCGCCCGAGAGCUGGUCGGACACGGGGCCCCGGUCCACGCGCAGACGGUCAGGGGUUACUCCUCGCUGCAUCUCGCCGCCUGCUGGGGCCACCUGGAGACCGUGAGGGCCCUGCUCGAGCUCGGAGCGGAUCCGCUGGCCCAGACCUUCACAGGGCAGCGGCCUGUGGACCUGGCCAGGACCUACUGCAGGACAGACUGUGUGGACUGUCUCCUCCUGGCCGAGGCUAAACAGGACCUGACGUCAUAUGUGGACUUUGUUAGGGACCUCGUCUCUGACCCAGAGAAGAGCCUCACAAAGGAGGAAAAGAACUUCUGCAUGCGUGCAUGCUCCUCCAAGACGGACUGGAUCCAGAGUGUCGGAGGCCCAACGGCCCCAGACUUCACGACCCAAAGGAGAGACAUGGAGGACACUCUUCGGCCUGUUCUGGACAGGCUGUCCGCUCAGUGUGAGUGAUGGUCAUAUUAGGACCGACUACUGACGACUGGUUUUGUGUUUUCAAACGUUUGGACGGUUUUAUUGUUCAUAAAUUAAUUCUUACGACUGCAGUCACAUUUUCCUUUCACAGAAGCGCUGAGAGAAAAAUAUAUAUCUGCUGAUUCAUUUUUUUAAGCCUAUGACUUAUAUGGUUGUUUUUUUCAUCUGUGAAAGUGGUGUGAAAACGUUUUGCAAGGUGACAAAACCAGUUUGUCCAAGAUCAUUUUUGUUCAUCUGUACAUAUGACAUCUAUUGCUUCUGUCCAUCCGGGGAGAGGGAUCCUCCUCUGUUGCUCUCCUGAAGGUUUCUUCCCUU